ACACACACACAAACACCAGUGUAAACAUGUGGAUCAUUUCCUGUUCACCCGUGUGUGUGUUUGUGUUGGUGUGUUGGAAGACAAGAUGAAAGACAUAGUGCAGGUGUGCGGGUUGUGUGUGGGGUUUUUGGGGUGUGUGAGCGCGGCCGUGUCACUGCAGGUUCGAUCCUGGAAAGAGUCCAGUGAUGAAGGCAGCGCCAUCGUCACCUCUGAUUUAUUUGAGAACCUGUGGAUGUCCUGUGCUGUGGAUUCAACCGGCCUCCACAGCUGCUGGUAUUUUCCAUCUUUAUUUGCCUUACCAGGUUUUGUUCAGGCAUGUCGUGCACUUAUGAUCACCUCCAUUGUGUUGGGAACGUUUGGUCUCAUCUUCACACUAGUUGGAAUGCAGUGUUCCAAAAUCGGUGGAGAGAACUACACAAUGAAGGGACGAAUCGCUGCCCUUGGAGGAGUGUUCUUCAUCCUGCAGGGUGUGUGUACAAUGAUCGCCGUGUCGUGGUACGCUUCCAACAUCACACAGCAGUUCUACAACCCACUGUACAACGGAAUCAAGUGAGUGUUUGAGCUUGGAGACGGUUUGUAUAUUGGCUGGUGUUCAGCAACACUUGCACUAAUUGGUGGAUGCUGUUUACUGUGUGUGUGUGGAAACAACAGUAGAGUGGGGAGAAUGUGAUUUUAUCACAUACACACACACACAUUUGGUUUAACAGGAGUCACAAUUACACUCAGUAAGAUGUCAAACUUGACACGAAAAAUCACAUUUUUUAAAUAAAUGAAAUGAAAUAAAAACAAGAAGGAGAGCAAAACAAAAAACAACUGAGAAAAUAAAAUAAAAUAAAAUUCUUUCUGUGAAUAUAGAAGCUUUAAAGAACAGUAAUAUUAAAUCUGCAGUCUGAAACACAGCUGUUAAUAAUAAUAAUAAUAAUAAUAAUAAUAAUAAUAAUAAUUAUUAUUAUUAUUAUUAUUAUUAUUAUUGUUGUUGUUGUUUUAAUUAUUUUCUUUAGUAUAUUUUAUUUAUUAUUUCUUUUCUAUUUGUUUCUGAUUCUGUUAUUUAUGGUCCUUUAUGUUCUUAUUUGUAAUGAAUAAAAUGUUGUAGUUCACAUCUCUAACCCUGACCUGCUCCUGUCUA